UCACUCGCUCGCUCGCAGUUUUGUUCCUUUCGUAGACAAAAUCACCCGAGACUCGAUUCUCAUCUGGCAGAAAUAAACAUAAAUUGAAUAUUAUGAAAGCUGCACCGUGUUCAUAAUUGUGACAGUGAUUUACAAGAAUCAAGUAUCACCGAGUGAAGCUUUCGCCGUAGCCUAGCGAUUCAACAAUUAAUAGAUUAUCGAUAGGCCUCCUUCGGCUAGCGCGAUACACCUAUUCACGACAUGAAAUUGUACUAUUGUAACUGAAAUGUGAAUCGUUUGAAUGUGCUGCGAAUCGUAGCUACGGACAAAAUGAGCAGUUGGGCGCGGAGGAUGCACCGGCGGGCGGCCACACUGAGCAAUGUGGUCACCUCCUGCGGCCAUCCUAACUCGCUGCCCUACCCAAGAAGACUCGAAAAAGUCAAGUUCGGGGCACCGCUGCACGAAGUUUGCAAAGAUGAUAUUCCUGGCCCAUUGCUAGUGCUGAUCUUGAAGCUAAACAAGGAGGCUCCGCUGAGACGGGACGUGUUCCGCGCGCCGGGCCACCAGGGAGCCAUGAAGAAGCUGAUUCACUUCCUGCAGACAGGCCGCCUGGUGAAUGUGGACAACUACUCUGUCUACACUAUUGCAAGUGUACUCAAAAAGUUUCUAAGGAAAAUCCCUGGUGGUGUAUUUGGACGCGAUGGCGAGAUGCAAUUGUUUGCUGCUGUUGAGCUGCCGGAAGAACAACAAGUUAAUGAGAUCCGCAGACUGUUGUUGUCGCUGCCGACCUGCACGCAGCGGCUCCUCGUGCUGCUCUUCGGCACUUUCCGGGUGAUGGCAUCCAACGCUGAUAAAGCAGGUACAGGUAUGACGUCUGAGGCCCUGGGCGUGUCGGUGGCGCCAUCGUUCUUCCACUCUUGCGUGUCCGAUGGCAAGACCGCCACAAUGGAGGAUGUUCAGCGCUUCAAGGUGGCGACACGAAUCAUGCGGCAGAUGAUCGAGCAGUUCAGCGCAGGCGAUCUGUUCGGCAGGGACAACUAUGAGUACUACGCGCGCGUCACGGGGCGAAUCCUGCGCAUCAAGGACGAGUGGAUAUGCUCGUUCAGGGACCCACCGCCGCCGCGCCACCAUCGCGACCAGGAGGCCUAUGCACGACAACUGUCGUUGGAGGCUGAGAAAACCUGGCUUCAGUGCGAGUGUGACCGCUGGGGUAACAAGUUCAACCUAGAAGGUAAUAACCCAGGUCUGUCGAAGUCUGAGGAGUGCCAGUCGAUGCCGGCGCUGAUGGGCGUGGUGGGCAGCGGGGCGGUGGGCGCCGUGCUCGGGCUGGGCAUCAUACCGGAGCACAGCCUGCUCGACUCGUGCACUCGCCUCUCCAUCUCGCUCGAGGAGAGCGUAUUCAAGAUCUCAGUGUCGUCGUCGUCGCAGUCGUCGCGCAGCAACUCGAGUCCUCACAUGACCCUCGAGGAGCUGCGAGCCAUCAACAAGUACGCCGAGAGCACGAAGAGCCUAUCCUACCUGCCCCAGGUGCACGAGCGGCAGCGCGCGCGGAUGCGCACGCGCUCGGAGUGGUUCCUGCAGCCGGCCGCAUCGCUGGACGCGCCGCGCGCCCGCGCCGGCGGGGAGCGGCGUAGCUCGCGGCGGCGGUCGCGGCGCACUCGCGUGUGCGGCGGCGGCGCCUCGUGUCGCGGCCUCACGCACUCCGACACUGAAAUCCCGCUCGCUCUCCAGUCUCGUAAAGUGACCGCCUGACAGAACGGCGGCGGCAACGGCGAGUGCCGCUGCCAGCCCUGCGCCUGCUCACGGUAACUGCGAGAUACACCGACAUCAGCCGCCGCUGAUCGCUCGCCCACCACAACACUGGCACAAUAGUCUCGAAAUAUCCACAUAACGGGGAUACGACUGUCACAGUAAACAUUUCAGUGUAGUCUAGAGUAAAAACGUGUUUUGAAUAUCCGUUGAAGAUAUUUUACAUAAUACUUGUAGUUUCAGAUCACUUUUUAAUUUAAUUGACAGAAUCAUUUAAGAAACAAAACUUAAAAAUAGUUUAGUAUAGGAUAAUAACAGGACAAUAAUGAUACGAAUGAAUGUUUGUUGUGACAGAUUUUGUGACAGGGUUCCUGGUGGGUCGGCUAUCAGAGCCCGCGAGCGUACACACCACCUUACCACAUUGGCGUUAUAUUUUUCUGAUGAUAACAUGGUGAAAAUUUUAUAUGAAAUUUCAUCAUGUUUGCCAAAGAAAUAUUAACUCAACAUAAGAAGCUUUUGUUGGUUGAAUUCUGAAAUAUAAUGUGAUUUCUAUCUGGCGGUGUGGCUAGUUAUUGUUGAGAGAAUCAGUUUAUAAGAAGCAAUGCGAAAUCAUCCAGAAUUUCUACAAAAUAUAUUCUUAUGUAAAUCACUUGUAACAUAAGUGAGAAGGUAACUGAGCAGUGCAAUGCUAGAAGUUCCUUUAAUGUAGUAUUCACAUUCGCGUAGAUAUUACGCUAAUGUGUUAAGGUGUUUCUCAAUAGGUUGACUAAUCAGCUGUAUAGAACAAUCUUCAGGUUUAUAAAAGCGGGAAUACACCUGCUUGAAGCUAGCACACUUGCAUGCCAGCUUCUUGCACGUGCUAGCUACUUUCAUGUGUAUACGAUAACUGGGUUGCCUGUAUUUGGGGCAAGCAAUGAUUGCACUACAUUUGAUUUUCGAACGUAUUGUUUACAUGUUUAGUUUGCAUAUCUAUCCCACGGUGUGUCAGUUCCUUGUACGCACCGGUAGCUGGCAUGCAAGUUACUGCUCGUUUUACUGGCAUGUCUGUUCCCGCCAUCUUGAGGUUGCAGCUGAUUGGUUGACGUGUGCGCCUUCAAACACUCUACUUGCGAAUUUCAGUAGCAUCUGAAAUAUUUAUAGAUAAAGUAUUUCUUAAAGUUUUCGUUGUCUAUAAAAAUGUAGUGCAUUGUACUGAAAUUACAAGUGGAGCCGAUGAAUAAUAUUACAAGGUAGACAAACAUUUUUUAAUCGAACAAAAUCGAGCUUUCUCUUUUUUAAUAGGAAAGUUUUGAAAAUAUUUACUAGUUCAAUGUUGAUCAGCAAUGAUCUUAAUUAGAAUGAAAGUCUGAAAAUUUAUGAUAUGUGCUCUCUAUUCUUAUGAACUGUUCUAUGCAGAUUUUACUAGUUUAGACGCCAUUGCGGCGGGCCAGCACCAGACGAUACAAUUAAUGAUGUCAAAAUAGACUGUAGCGCUCGACUAGGAGCCAGGGCUCCUCGACGUCACGACACCGUGACCUCAAGUGUCACGUGCCCCAGACAAUUUUGACAUGUUUAGUUUUUCUGUGUAGGUCUGACUCGUUGGUGGAUGAUCAGGCAGAAUAUAAGAUUACUGAAUUCUAAAAUUCUAAAUUUGCCGGGAACUGCCCUACUGUGGUGAUGCUCGAUGACUUUUCUUGCGUUGUUGGAUCACGGUAUAAAGCACCUCCCAAGCAGCGACGUGGAUAAAGCAUUGUUUGUAAAGUGUGCCAUGAGUGUGUUGUACAGAAUGGUUGUCGACUCGUUGUAAUGUUUUAAGUGAACACGAUUCUCAGAAAAGCACAGGAAAUAUUGAUUUGGAUUAU